GACAAUAUCAAUCCUAAAAGCAUAUAUAACUUCUCAUUACACAUCAUAGACAGUAGCAAACAAUCUCACAGCUCCUAGAAAAAUAAAUGGAAAUUUUUAGUUUGAUCGUCUUCAUUGGUGAUGCUACUUUGGUUUGGUUUCAGAGCCUUUUAUUCACUUUGGUGGAAGCCUAAAAAACUAGAGAAACAACUAAGGCAACAAGGAAUUAAAGGGUCUUGUUACAAAUUUUAUUAUGGAGACAUGAAAGAAUCCAUGCAGUUGAUCAUGGAAGCACUAACCAAACCCAUGAAUCUAAAUCACCAUAUAGCGCCAUGUGUCUUCCCGUUUACUUGGAAAACAGUACAAACCUAUGGGAGAGUAUCAUUUCACUGGAAUGGAACUACACCCAGGUUGAUCAUAUUGGACACAGAGAUGAUGAAAGAUGUUAUGACUGAAAAGAACGGUCACAUUCAAAAACCACCCGUGGAAUGCUUUAACCCUGUUUUUGGAGACUUACCAAAGGGAAUCACAAACUUGGAAGGAGAGAAAUGGUUGAAACAUAGAAGAAUUAUCAAACCUGCUUUGAACUUAGAGAAAUUAAAGGGUAUGGUGCCAGCAUUUAGGACAAGUUGUAGUGAAUUGAUCGCGCGUUGGAAGAAAUUGACUGGUCCUGCUAAAGGUUCUUGUGAAUUGGAUAUAUGGCCUGAGAUGCAGACGCUAACUUCUGAUAUAAUUUCUCGAACAGCAUUCGGAAGCAACUACGAAGAAGGAAAGAAGCUCUUUGAGCUUCAAAACGAGCAAAUCGCACUAUUCAUUGAAGCUUCUCAAAGCAUAUACAUCCCAGGUUUCAGGUGUAAUCUCAUUUUUCACCAUGUCCACAUGAGACUAGUCCAAUCCACAAAAUUUUCUAACAAGCUUCGGUUUUUUCUUUUGUGCAGAUUCAUACCAACAAAGAAGAACCUGAGGAGAAAGCAAUUGGUCAAGGAAAUUAAUGGCAUAUUAAGAAGAUUUAUCAGCAGAAGAGAAGAAUUAAUGAAAACCGAUCCGUCAAGUAGCAGUGACUUACUAGGUUUGCUACUGCAAUCUAAUAAUACAGAAAAUAGCGACAGAUUGACAAUUGAUGAAGUAAUAGAUGAGUGCAAGGUGUUCUACCUUGUUGGACAAGAAACAACUAGGUCCUUGGUAACAUUUACCAUCAUUGUGUUAGCCAUGCACCCGAAUUGGCAAGAGAAAGCAAGAGAAGAAGUAGAGCAAGUUUGCGGGAAAAACGUACCUGAUUUCAACGCGAUAAAUUGCCUCAAAAUUAAGGAAAUGAUACUCAAUGAAGUUAUGAGGUUGUAUCCACCAGGACCCGAGUUAUAUCGAUAUACUAGCAAGACAACAAAAUUGGGAAAUCUUUCGAUACCAGCAGGAGUCAUUCUUAUAGUACCACUAAUUCUUGCUCACCAUGAUCCUGAAUACUGGGGUGAUGAUUCACAGGAAUUCAAGCCAGAAAGAUUUGCUGAGGGAGUUUCGAACGCGUCCAAUGAUAAGCUCGCAUACUUUCCUUUCUCACGGGGUCAUAAGGUCUGUUUAGGCCAAAACUUUGCUUUGAUUGAAGCUAAAAUGGCUUUGACUAUGAUUGUGCAGAACUUCUCUUUCCAGCUCUCACCCUCGUAUACUCAUGUUCCGUAUGUGGUCUUGGAUCUGGCACCGCAACAUGGAGCUCAAAUCAUAUUACACCAACUUUAAGUUAGAGAUUAUGACAAUAAUCUGAUGAUGAUAGCUGGAUCACAGAAAAAGUUUUUUUAGUACCAAAAUUGUGUGUUGCAAGUUUCCUUUGCUGUAAUACCUCAGAAUGGAUAAUAUUAUGUCCACCUCAAAUCUAGUACGUACUUGAAGAUUCAAACAAAAACGGUGUUAGUAGUACUAUCGAAUUGGACUUUUCUUUUGGGUUCGGAUCAGAUCGAAGCCCGAGCAUAGUUGGAUUAAAAAGAAAUUCAAAUUUAAUGCAAA